UGCAGGAUGCCUCUGGCUUGCUGGAGCAGGAGGCGAAAGAGGCCUCAUGCACUGGUGAUCAAGCAAAUCAGGAGGAAGCGUCAGGCUUUGGAAGGCGGGAACGACCAGCGCGCCAAAGGAAGGCUAACGUCAGGGUAACUGGGCCGGAGUGGAGAAAGUGAAAGCGGGCCAGGCCCAUGUAAAUUCAGCAGAGAGAUCUUUCGUGUGAGAGAAGUUGUAUUAAAAGGGGAUGAACUCUGUCUGGAGAACUCGAACAGAACGAAUGGCUAAAGAACCAUGGUGAUUGAGCGCAGCGCGUAGCUGUGGCUCCGAAAUCCUAUCCCUUCCACCUUGAUCCCCUUUUAGUUUGGUAACAAUUGGUAUCAGAGCGGUCGAUCCUGGCGAAUCAUCCACACGGCACGCGAGCUCAAAUCAAGAUGAAGACUGACGAGCAACAUGCGGAGCUCGUCGCGAUGUUGAAGGAGAUGAGAGCAUCUAUGGAGGAGUUGAAGGCAACCAAAGGAGAGUUCGAGCAGUGGAAGCCGCAAAUGGAGAACAGCGUUGGAGAUUUGCAAAUGAGUGUGGCCGAUCUGAGGAAUCAAGUGGAUCUGCUGUUGACCAAGCAAGAUUCUAUGGCGAAAUCGGGGGAGGAGGUGUCACUCGCGCCUUCACCGGUGUGGGAGACUACCGCACCAAAAGGAACGCCGGCCACCGCACAUCUGGAGGCAUCCUCAUCCGAGGCGGCGUUCGGGCACAACGGCCACCGCUCGGCACAUCACCACCGGGGGUUUGGUUUUGGGGUGUUUAACACCUCGAUACCACCUCCGGUCACAGGUACGAUGCAUCCCAACAGUUAUGCAUCAAUUCCUUUUAAGAUCGGAGACGCUCCAUCGCUAGGCACCAUGAGCUUUAGUUCACAAUUAGCAGCUGCCAUGCCUCAGUUGAGUUUUCCCCAAUUUGAUGGCAAUAACCCUAAACUGUGGAUCAAGCGGUGUGAAACCUUCUUUGAGCUGUAUGAGAUUCCCCCGCAUCUUUGGGUCAAAGUAUCCACUAUGCACUUUGUAGGGACUGCAGCUUUUUGGUUACAAUCCACUGAAUCCAAUUUAAAUCAGAUAAGUUGGGCUGAAUUUUGUUUAGCUGUGAGUCAUAGAUUUGAGAGAGACCAGGGUAACCAGCUUAUUAGGCAGUUCUUUCAUAUUGCUCAAACUGGAAGUGUGGUUGAAUAUAUAGAAAAAUUUGAUGAAAUUGUUCACCAGUUGUUAGCUCAUGACCCUACAAUCAGUAGAGCUGUAAUUACUAACAGGUUUAUAGAUGGGCUGAAAGGGGAUAUCAAAGCCAUUGUGUUGAUUCAUAGACCUGUCGAUUUGGAUGCUGCUUGUUCCCUGGCAAUUUUGCAGGAAGAGGUGCUGCAAGAAUCUACCAAGAAGGAGAGUAGAAGAUCUGAAGGAGCACCAUAUUUCAGAAGUUCCACCAGGUCGGUUUUCAGUGGUUCUGGAUAUCUCUCAAAGGGGCAAGGUCCUGCUGUCUAUUCUGAAGAAAAGAAAAAUUGGUCAGGGGGAAGUGGUUCCAAGAGUAAUGCUAAGGAUAAUCAAGAGGAUCGGUUAUCAGCACUGAAGGCUUAUAGAAGAGCAAAAGGGCUUUGUUUCAAGUGUGGUGAGAGGUGGGGAGCAAAUCAUAAGUGUUCCUCCACAGUACCUUUGAAUGUAGUUGAGGAAAUCUGGUCAUUGUCUGAAGAUGGAAUAGGCAAUCUAGAAUCCAAUUUGAACGAAAUGGGAGAAGAGGCAGAGGAUUUAAUGGCUAUCUCUCAGCAGGCAAUUGAGGGUACAGAAGGAACUAGGACAGUAAGAAUGCAAGGCUAUAUAUCACAAUGUGAAGUUAUCAUGUUAGUUGACUCGGGCAGUUCUCAUUGUUUUAUUAGUGAACAGUUGGCCAGUGGAAUACCUGGUUGGAAGGAGCUGGAAACACCUAUGAGGGUCAAGGUGGCAAAUGGAGGUUUACUUUUAUGCACCCAUGAGUUACCAGGUCAGACUUGGGGUGUUCAGGGUCAUACAUUUUGCAGUCCGUUCAAAAUCUUACCUCUCAAUUGCUAUGACAUUAUAUUAGGAAUGGAUUGGUUAGAGGCUAAUAGCCCAAUGGAAGUACAUUGGCUGGACAAGUGGAUGUCUUUCAAGUACAAGGGUAACACUGUGAAGUUGCAGGGCCUAAAAAGGGGAGUACAAUUUGGGGCUCCUAUCAAUGAGUUUCAGCUAGAAGCAAUGCAAAAAUCAGAUCGUCUACUACAUGUGGUGCAGGUUCAGGUAGUAAAUUCAAUGGCAUCAUCUUCAGAAGGACUGCCGACUGAAGUGCAGCAAUUGAUUCAGAACUUUUCUGACCUGUUCCAGGAACCAAGUGGUUUACCUCCCAAACGAAAUAGUGAUCACCUUAUUCCCUUGAUACCAGGAGCACACCCCUUUCGACUUAGGCCUUAUAGGUAUAGCCCAGCACAAAAGGAUGAGAUAGAAAAACAAGUGAAGGCUUUAUUGCUGAAUGGCAUGAUACAAGAGAGCUCAAGUCCUUUUGCAUCUCCAGUGUUGCUAGUCAAGAAAAAGACAGGAGAGUGGAGGAUGUGUGUGGAUUAUAGAAGAUUAAAUGCUUUAACCAUCAAGAAUAAAUACCCUCUGCCAAUUAUAGAUGAGUUCUUGGAUGAAUUGCAUGGAGCUGGUUGGUUUACCACUUUGGAUUUGAGAGCUGGAUACCACCAAAUAAGGAUAGCACAAGGGGAAGAAUUCAAAACUGCAUUUCAAACACAUAAUGGUCAUUAUGAGUAUAAAGUCAUGCUUUAUGGCUUGACAGGGGCUCCAGCCACCUUUCAAAGUGUUAUGAACUCUGUCCUGUCUGAUCUCUUGAGAAAAUGUGUGGUUAUGUUCAUAGAUGACAUCUUAAUAUAUAGCAAGACUUGGCAAGAUCAUGUGAAACAUCUUCAAUUAGUCUUUGAAAUUCUGCAAGCUAAUGGAUUGAAAGUCAAAUUGUCUAAAUGCUGUUUUGCUCAGCAGCAAUUGGCUUACUUGGGUCAUGUUAUUAGUGCCAGAGGAGUACAAACAGAUCCAGACAAAAUAUCCAUCAUCAAGGAUUGGCCAACACCUAGUACUGUGAAAGAAGUUAGAAGCUUUCUAGGUUUAGUGGGUUAUUAUAGGAAAUUUGUGAGGCACUUUGGUCAUCUUAGCAAACCACUCACCAAUCUUCUGAAGAAGGGGGAAAUUUUUGUGUGGACUCAAACUACUGAUGAAGCAUUUCAAGCACUCAAACGAGCUCUUAUUACUGCACUAGUAUUGGCAAUGCCAUAUUUCAGUAAACCAUUCAUGGUUGAGACUGAUGCAUCGGAUCAUGGCAUAGGAGCUGUGUUACAACAAGAAGGACAUCCAAUUGCUUUUGUCAGCAAGACUUUAGGGCCUCGGACACAAGGAUUAUCCACUUAUGAAAAAGAGUAUCUGGCAAUAAUCUUGGCUGUAGAUCAUUGGAGGUCCUAUCUUCAACAAGGAGAGUUUGUGAUAAAAACUGAUCACAAGAGUUUAAUGCACUUAGACGAGCAAAGAUUGUCCACUCCUUGGCAACACAAGGCCCUCACCAAGAUGUUGGGUCUUCAAUACAAAAUUGUUUACAAGAAAGGGGCUGAAAAUAAAGUUGCAGAUGCCCUUUCUAGAGUGUCACAAUUAAGUAAUACUGCUGAAGUGGCUACUUUAUCUGUGGCUCAUCCCAUUUGGCUGGAAGAGGUGGUGUCAGGUUAUCGAGAUGAUGAAGCUGCUAGCAAGCUUUUGGCAGAAUUGGCUAUAACUGGUCAAGCAGGACAUUACACUCUCAAAGGAGGUCUUAUUAGAUACAAAAACAGGAUAUGGAUUGCUAACAAUCCCAAGCUUCAAUCCAAAAUUAUGCAAGCCCUUCAUACAAGUGCAAUAGGAGGACAUUCUGGAUUUGAAGUCACUUACAAGAGAGUCAAGAAUUUGUUUGCCUGGCCUAAAUUGAAACAAAUGGUUAAAACCUUUGUAUCAUCAUGCAAUGUGUGUCAGCAAGCCAAAAGUGAGAGGGUGGCAUAUCCAGGGUUACUAGUACCUCUACCUGUUCUUGAGGGCGCAUGGCAAUUGAAGCGGGCAGUUCAAUCUCCAGAAUUGGUAAGUGCCGAUUUGCCUAAUUUACCUGCUAACCUACAAGUGCCACAGGUGAUUUUGAAUAGGCGUCUCCAUCGACAACAAAACAAGGCAGUGUCCCAGAUACUUGUGCAGUGGUCCUCAUGGCCGGCUUCCUUAGCCACCUGGGAGAACGAGGAAGCGCUGCGCCAACUCUUUCCGGCGGCACCGGCUUGGGGACAAGCCUUUCUUCAAGGAGAGGAGGAUGUCACCGACCUGCAGGAUGCCUCUGGCUUGCUGGAGCAGGAGGCGAAAGAGGCCUCAUCCACUGGUGAUCAAGCAAAUCAGGAGGAAGCGUCAGGCUUUGGAAGGCGGGAACGACCAGCGCGCCAAAGGAAGGCUAACGUCAGGGUAACUGGGCCGGAGUGGAGAAAGUGA